CGGGUAGUGGGCUGUGGCCGGUGGCUUGCGGGGAACGGCCGGCGACCACUAAUAAACUUAGGACACUCCGUUUUUCGACUCUCACCAGUCAUUUUCUCUUUUGUGCUUCUCUCUGAGUUUCACACGUUACAGAUUUGAAUCUCUCUUUUUACUGAAGAAGACUUGUCCGGUUUUUUGCUUUUUUUGGUUAAACUGCUGUUUACCUCUGUAGUAAGUAUAUUUAACCUUAUAAUAUUAUUUUAUACCAAAAGCUUGUAGAAUUUGAAUCCCGCAGUUAGCCAUUUUAUUAUUUUUUUUUUCCCUAGCUGAUUUCGUACGGUAGGUAGGUACGCAUUUCACCUAAUUUCCCGACCAUAGAUUUCGGCGUUAUUUCAUCGUUUAAGGAAUCGAAUCAAUUUUAAUUUCUUUUUGCCAGUUAGCAACCGCUUUUUAUCCCUACAAUUAGUAUUUUAUACCUCAUUGAGAUUACCGACUGAAACCUCGUGGUUUAAUUUUUUUUUUUUUCGUAGUUGAUUUCGUACAGUGGGUAGGUACGCAUUUUACCUAAUUGCCUAGUCAUCAAUCUCUGCGUUAUUUCAUCGUUUAAAGAAGCAAAUCAAUUUUAAUUUCUUUUUGCCAGCUAGCAACUGUUUUUUACCUCUGCAGUAAGUAUUUUAUAUCUCGCUGAGAUUACCGAUUGUGAAGCCUCAUAAUUUAAUUUUUUUUUUUUUUUUUUCGUAGCUGAUUUCGUACAGUGGGUAGGUACGCACAUUACCUAAUUGCCCAGUUAUAGACCUCAACGUCAUUUCAUCGCUGUUUACCUUCAUAAUAGUAAGUACAUUAAACUUAAUGAUAUUAUUUUGUACCAAAUGCUUGUAGAAUUUGAUUUCCGCAGUUAGGUAGUAUAGUAUACCUACUUAUAUAUUAUAUCUAUAUACGGUUAUACCUACUUGUUAAUUACAUAAUACCACUAUAUUAUAUGUACAAUAAUAUGUAUCUAUGUUGAGUUUUUUGAGUUUCUCUCAUCUUUUUUUUUUUUUUUUUGAUAAAUGUGUACAUGUAUUCCAAUAUAUAUAUAUAUAUAUAAAUACUCAAUCAAUUUUGCAUUUAAAGUUGGUUUUAAUUGUCAGUUAGAAAUGUAUAGUAAACAAGCUCAUGUUUUAUUGUAUCGUAAAACAUAUUAUUUUGAGAAGCGCGUGUCUUGAAGUAUACUUAAGUCGUUAUGGACUUUCCACCAUUUUUAUGAUAGUAUUCGGUGCGUUGCGAGGUAUAUUAUGAUGUGUUUUUUUUCCUGUCUGAAUAAUUUUUCUACCAGAAAACUUGCUUUGAAGUUUAUACUAUAGCCAGGCCUGUUCAGAAAUAUUUUUGAGCCCACAGCAGAACCAUGAAAGGGGGCCCCCCCUUUUUAUUUCAGAAUGUUUUAAAUCUAGGUACGUGUUUUUCACUAAAAUGUACUAUCUGUAUUUGUUACACUUACCUAAGGCAACUUUCCAUAAAUAAUAAAACAUUUUACACAUUAAGCAAUCUUACAUUUUAUGAAUUAUAUUUAUUAUAUUUAGGUAUAUUUAGUAUUUGUACACAAAAUUAUAAUCGCAAAUAUUUAAAAUAAAAAAAUUAAUUUUAUAAUAUAUUAUAUUAUAUCUAAAAUAUAAAUAGAACUACGGAAUAUAAAUACAUAUGACUUAUUAUCGCAGUUUAUCACAAAUAUUAAACAUUUUUCCUUUUUAACAAUAUGAAUAUAAUCUUUGUAGUUCAUAAUGUUCCGGAGUUUUUUUUUUUUUAUGUAAAUGUUUAUAUAGUAGGUACUGUGUAGAUAAAUUGUUAGACUCUGAAAUGCUUGAAAAUUUGAUAGGAGCUUCAUUAUAUGUCUUAUUGUAUGUUUAAAACAAAAAUUAGUGCAAUAUAUUUUUUUUACGAGAGUUAAAAUUAAAUUUGACAAAACAACUUAGUAUUACGGCUUUUCAAAACAUGUAUAACCAAACUUCACUCCAAAUCUUUUUUCAUUAUCAAUGAUUGCUGAUUAGAGCAUACAUUGACAAAUAUUAUCCUUUCAGUUUAUAAAUCCAUAUGUUGUUUUUGAAGGUUUAUAGUAUAAUUGUUAUGAUCUGUAUUUUUUUUUUUUUUGGAAGUAAUUUGAUAAUAUUUAUUAAUUACUUGGUCAUAAAUAAUACUAAAGUUAUUUACCAACAUUAUAAAUUUUCAGAAAUGCCUCUGAGCAAUUGAUUUAAACCUUUUUUUUUUUUAUAAAUGUGUAUCUUAUGAGUGAUGGGACUCAUAACCACCGAAAUGAACCUUCUCCUUUUACACAAACGUGUCCCUUUGCUGUUUUCCACCAAAUUAUUUAUUGAAUAUUCAAAUGUUUAAAAGCAUAAAUAUGAACUGGUCUGCGGUCAUAUUAAUGUGUGAUAUUAAUAUUAUAUUGAAGCAGGGGCUUCUCAGUUUUUCUUAGUGACCACAUUUUUCUCGGCCUAAUAUUCAUUUACAAAUAUAAAUAUUUUUUCCAAAACACUUAACAAACAGAAAUAACACAUAUUAUAAACCUUCACCUAUUUUUCUUGGUAUUCAAAUUUGACUGUUGGUACAUUAUUAGUACAUAAACGUAGGUCCUUAGGUUUUUAAGCAAGAAUAUUUUGUUAGAUCAAAGUAAUUGAAUGACAAUGAUAUAAAUGCAUGAUGUAUGGAUUUUUAAGGGAGUACAAUAAGAUAAGAGCAAAUAAUGGAGGGAAGUAAAAGUAAAUCUAAAUUACAAAAAACGUUUAAUUUAUGUAUCUAUGAAUAAAUAGGUACAUUCUUUAAAAAAAGUAAAUAAAACUAAUUUUAGUAAUAUCUUUAUAUCAAAAAAAAAUCCUAUUGAAAUUUAGUAAUAGUAUUAAUAAUUAUACUGCAUAAAUUAUAGAUUAUUUAUUAUUAGGUUUAUUUAUAUUAUAGUUAUUACCUAUUUAGUGAAGUUACCGAGUAUUGUUGGAACAGCGACUAAAAUAUAGAAAAAAAAAAAUGUUGUGUCUAUUUUUUUGUAUUUCUAUGUCAUACCCUAAUUUACAAAAUUAACCAUGAUUUGUAAAGAUAUUCAAAAAAUGCUAAAUAUUCUCAAACAUAUAUUAAAAAAAGCGUUUUCCUGAGAACUCCAUGUUGAAUGAAUCUUGUAGAUUUUUCACUGUCAUAGACUGCGCAGACAGUCAAAAUAUGUUUUUGCAUUACCCUUUACUACCCCUCCUGUUAAAAUUUAAAAACGAUAUAAACCUAUGGCUCAAACAGUUGUCAGUACGCAGGUUAUAAUAUUCUCUAUUUAAAUCUGUGUGUAAAAUGGGGGGAAUUUCUAUUUGAAGUGUAGGUAUUACACUCAUUAAAAAUAGUAUUGCAAUAGUCGAGGUUUUCAAACGAUACCAUAGCAAUUAUGCAUAAUGUUUAUAUGUAUAAAAAAAAAAAAAGAGAAACAGAAAUCGAAUACGCUUCUUAAAAUUUAACGACGAGUACAUCGCUGGAUAAAAUAGACCACUCUGUAUAAUAUUUAAGUAUCCGCGGUGAAAUUUGUCUGAACGGCGGUGAAGUGUUUUUGGAUUCCGUAUUCCGUAUGUUUGCACAUUCACACGGCGUUAUUGGGCGUCUGCCGAUAUUUUGACAUUCAACAGCGGCGUACCUAUCGGCCUUUAUAACAAGGGGGGGAGACGAAUUAUGUUUUCACCCAUUCUUAAAAUAGAAAAUUUCUUGAAAAAUAUAUCAAUGCACACAUUUAAUUAUACGAUCACGGUGAGGCGAAUGCCUCCUUUGCUCCUCCCUCUACAUGUACACCACUGUUCGUCACAUUUUGGUUGAGUCACGACUUCGUGUACUCCGCGAAUUAUCGUCAAUCGUGAUGCUUCUCGAGCGUAGGAUUUAUUUUAUCGUCAAGUACAAUUAUUUUUACUCUCCCGGAGUCACUCGCGAUUUCCCAUCAGUUUCAAAUACAAUACGAGCGACUCGUGCUGAUAAGAAAUUUAUCUUGGGUUUACCCCAACAUAGAAGUUAUUAUUUGUUGCUAAUAUUUAGUCGCACAUCAUUUCUCACACGAACCAUGCACAUUUAAAUCAUUUUUAUUUUUAAUUAAUAUUAUUUAUAAACAAAAUAUUAUGUUAGGCGAUGCCCAGCAAAGUAUUUAUCAGGGGUGGCCAAACAUUUUGGUCUAGAUCCACUAUAGUCUGUCCCUGGAGAGGACGGUCCGCUGAUGCACAUGUUUCCCCCUCCACAUAACUUGAUUUCAGCGAAGGCAGCCGAUUGUCAUUUCUUCCGUCGUCGGUUUUCGACUAUACACCGCUAGGAUAUUUUGUAGAAAUUCAAUUGUUAUUAUUAGACAUCGCGCAUCGCACGUUUGUUUACCUUUGCUGUUUCAUAACCUCUUGAUAAUUUUUCAAAUCGUAAACUAUCGUAUAUACAAGCACCUUCUAUAAUAAUCCAGACUUUGUUUUUUUUUUGUAUACAUAUUUAUUUAUUUAAUAUCUUAUUGAACACUGUAGGUAUAAUACAGAGAUAUAUAUACUCGCCGUCAUUCAUUUUAAAAUAAUUAAAAAAAUUGAGAAAAAAGUAAAAAUUACCAAACGGUACAAAAAAGUAAACGCUGUAUAAAUGACGUGUGCGUACACCACGACAAUUGGCGACAAGACAGUGGACUAUCGACAGUCAGCAGUGCAUUAUUUUAAACGCAGUGUACAAAACCUGCACCACUUUUGCGGUCGCCGUUGCUGCGCUGUCGAUAGAUCCGGGAGGGGAUAAAUGGAUAGUGUUGCGGCGUGGGGAUGCGCAGGAGCGCUUCGAUUUGGUCGGAGAGCGGACCGUUCUCUCCAGGGACAGACUAUAAGACAAUUAUAUUUUUGAUUAACUUGAUUAAUAAUUAAUAAUUGGACGAACUGCCGCCCAACACGUUGGUUGCCGGGUAGUAGUUGUUUAAAAUUCAUUCGUUUUGAAGAAGUUUCACGGUUAUUACAAUGAAUUUUGUUGAAUCGUAUAAUUACUCGAUAAAUUUACGACGUAAUAAAGAUUUAAUGAUUGGCAAUAUUGUUAUUUAUUUACCAAUAGCGUAAAAAUAAAUUCUAAUGAAAUGGAGAUCGACCGUUUGGCCACGUCUGGCCGCCGUAUGUACGAUAGACGAAUAAUAAUCGGCGAGCACACUUCUGCACGUGGUUCGGACGCCGCCGCUAUUUGAUAUACAUAGCGUGGUGGCGUAUAAUGUGUUAUAUUUAAUUUAAAUUUUUUUUAAAUAAAUAAUUAUUAUUAACGUUUAUUAAAAAUGAUAUAUGUAUUUGUUACUACUGUAGGAGCUUUGGUUUUCGAAUAUAAUGUUCCUAUUUAUAAUACAAAUAAUUGUUAAAGUUAUGUUAUAAUUAAUCAAAUAAUAAUACACGAUGAUCGUAAUCCGCAGUGAUUGAACGGCGCGUCGUCCUAAAAAUAAUAAAACGAUUAACCACGCACAAGAGCGCGCAUAAACCUUUUAAGUUUUGAACACGUUCAAUUCUGCUAGACCCGUUAUCUAGAGUCGGAAAAUAUUUCUCGCAUGAAAGCCCUCGCGCCGUUUAAUCGCGCGGUCAAAACUCUUCGUGUAAAGGCCACUUAAAAACAUCGUAAAUCGCGGGAGAAUAUCAAACAGUUUCGAUCGCUACUCACUGGCGACGGAUUAAUAUCGUCUAUUUUGUGUUUCUAAAAUCAAAGAAUGUUAAAGGAUUAGUACUAUAAUACGUUUAAUUUUCAGUGGUUCAAACUAUGUGUCCAAAAUUUAAUUAAAAUAUGAAAUAUAAAUUCACAAUAUAAUUGUUGCAACAAUUGUGAUUUUUCCCGAACAUUUUAAUGUUGUAUUUUGCGAACAUUUACACCUAAUAGUUUUAUUUUAUUAUGAUAUUAACGUAUAAUCCUCAUUUCAAAAAACUUUCGAAAAAAAAAUUAACACACAACAAAUAAGAUAUUAAUUAUUAAUUAAAACUUUUAUAUCAAAACCAUUAUAUUUUUUGUAAAUUUUUUUCUAUACAUUGUAAAUUCAUAUUAUAAUGAAAAAUUAUUCUGGUUUUUUUCGGUACCUACAUUUUUCAGCGUUAUCCACUUAUUAGAUUAAAAUAUUAAAUUUUACGCACGACGCACGACGUUGUUGUCAAUACGGCCGCCUUUUUGUGGUGAUAUUCCUGAAAAUAUAUUCCAUGCUCUCCUGGUCAAUAAUAUUAUAAACGUAAAAUGUUCUUGACACGGAGAAAUUUCUGCACAAAAAUAAACAUAUCGUGUUAUGAAAGUAAUUAAUUUUACGGGUUGUGGGUUGGCUAUCUCUGAAUUUUUAUUAAAUACCCUCGUGUGCCGUAAUAAUGGAUAUUCCGUCGAUUUCGUAAUUAUUGUUCCAAAAUUGCACACCAAAACCCCUCAAUACAAGUUUAGAACGUUUGUCUUCUUGUUUAAUAAUUUUGACAAACUGUUCCCCAAAUGUUGAAACCACAAACAGAUUUUAAUUUAAUUUAGUUUAAAUUAGGUGAACAGAGGAAAACUAGUUAAUCGAAAACUUGCUGCAAUUAUAAAACCAAAGCGAACUAGGUUUUUUUAAAAAAAUUGUUUUUCUAUUCCAUAUUCCAAAUAAAAACUCAUGUAUUUAUUUUUUUUACCCGUAUUAAUUUAUUGUGUAUAAAAACCACGAAGCGAAAUAUUAUCUUAUGUAGAAAAAACAUUUUAUCUUCACAAAAUGCCAAAAAAUAAAAAUAAUAUAAAUUAAUAUUAUUUUCUUUAUCAGCGUUUAUUUAUUUUUUUUUUUUAAGUAGACACGAUGUUAUUAUUAUAAUAUUAAAAAAACUCCUUGGUUUUUCCCAUUUUAUUUAAUUAAGAUUAUUUUUCGUUUAAGAAAUCUACUUAUAUAUUUUAUUUGACAGAGAUGUAUGCUAAUGGAAAAAAUAUUUUUUUUUCGUUUAGUAAAAAUUAUCUUACUUUCGUGUUAGUUAAUAUUAGUGAUUAGUAAUCGUAUUAUCAUAAUUAAUGGAAGUUUAUCUUUUCAACCGCAUUGGGCUUGUUUAUUUUUGAUAUAUUUUAAUCUUUAAGCCACAUAAUUUAAUAAAAUAUCACAAUUUAAUAACCGUUUAUGUUUCGCCUAAAAAUUUAAAUAUCAAUAAAUCUGUAAUUUAUAUUUGAACAGCAUUUCUAGAAUUCCUCAACCAUUUUCGACAAUUUUCAAAAAAAGUUAUAUUGAAUAUUUUUCGUGUGUAGAAUCUUUUCUGAAAGAAAAUUUUAUUUAUUUGGUGUAUUGGGGAAGUGAUUUUUGAUUUUCCAAUAGGUUUUCAUAUUAAUUAAGUAAAACGGGAGAAAAUAUUGUAGGAAAAUUAAUAAAUAUUUACAGCCCGCUGCGUUAUCGAUUUCAUUGUUAAUUUUUACGAAAUAUGGAUUUUACCAAAAAUAUUGCUCCAAUGCAUAAACGACAAAUGAUCGUUAUUGUUAAACUCUCAUUGGUGAAUAUGGUAUUAUGAUUUUACAAGUAGUUAGUCUAUUAUUAGGAAUAUCCGGAAAAAAGAAGCAAGACUGGGAAAAUUACAAAAGCAAUGCUUUUAAUAUUUUAAAUCGUUUAAAAUACUUUAAAAGAUUUGAAAUUAGCACAAUCAUUUUAGUAUUAUACAGUAAAGUUUACUGUAUUUAUUAAGCCACCUCCCUACGAUUUUCCAAACAAUUAUAAUAUCUGGUUAAAAAUGAAAUAUGACUUUUAUUAGCUAACUAGAUCUAAAAUGCAACAAAAAAGAUUUUUUUAUCAUUUGUAUCGGUUGCAACAAGAUUUUUGGUAGAAAAUAUAAUGAUUAGCAGAAAUUAAAAUAUUGAAAUUGUAUGCUCAAAAUUUGUCAAUAUUUAAUUUACGUGUUUGUCCCAUUUUUCCUACUAUGAAAACUUACUACUAAAUAUUUUACAUUGAUUUUCAUGCUUCGCUGAACUACACAUUUUUCCGACUUUGUUUUCGAACCCACUGACCAAUAUCUGACACAAUUUUUUGGAUUAAUGAUGAUUUUCGGUUAAUAAUUAAUUAAUUAAUACCUAUCAUGUUAUUGUUAAUGAUAAUAAUAUGAUUGAUAAUAGAAUCGCAUGUUCCAGUGUAAUUGACAACCCAAUUAAUACAGGUGUCUCACGAAGAUAUACCCAUUACAAUACAUCCUGACAUUAUAAAGAUAGCCAAAUUGUGAUUCUUUUCUGUAUUACCUGCAGGGAUAAGGACUUCAUGUAUUUACAUUUGAAUUAAAUUUUUAUAUUUUAGUAAAAAAACCAAAUUAAUAACUUUAUUUUAUUAUUUUUUGAAUAAUUUGAAUCAUUUUUUUUUUUAAAUUUUAUUACAGUGUUAUUCUUCUGAAAAUUUUAAUUUUCAUCAAAUUUGUGAUUUUUUUAAUAUUUGUUUUAAGUUAAGAGUAAAUUGACUAAUUUUAUUGUACAACAGGCUGUUAUUACAUUUUUCAAUUGAUUAUUAUUACUAUGGCUAAUUGACAGAACAAGAAAUGCUAUCUUGAAUUUUUCAAAAAUAAUAAAUAAUUAUCUUAAGGUUUUACCAAAGAAUAAGAAAUGAAUUGAAAUAUAAAUAUUUAUAGUAAUUAUCCUUGUAAGUAAUAUAACAAAAACAGUAUUUGAUUAUUUUUAUUGUCUUUAGAAAUAUUAUAUUUUCUUGAUACACUGUAUAUUCUAAUUUCUUACUUUGUGCAUAUUAUGUUGUGAGCAAAACAUAACAUUAGUAAUAUAAACAAAACUAUGUAUAAAGACAAAACAAAUAAUAUUUUCACUUAUUAUUAAUAAAUAAUAAAAUAUUUUUGAAUAUUUAAAAAAAAAAAAUGGUAUUUGUAUUAUGUAUGCAAUUAUUAUUAUUAGUUGUAAGGUCCUAAGGAUAAUUAUUAAUACCGUUGUACACAAUAUAAUAAUAUAAAACAGGGUACUUAAAAAAUAAAAUCUUAAAUCUGCAUACUACUUUUACAUUUAUCUAUAAAGUAAUAAUUGGUUUUCAGUUUGAUCACAGUAUUCAGGAAAACUAUUAAACCAGUUUCCAAGAUCUAUGCACAAUGAUUCCUAACAAUCCAAUGUAAAUUUUCAUACCAAUUUUUAUUAUUAUAAUAUCAAUAAAUAAAUAUAAUCUUACUAUUAUAUAAAUAAAUGGUGGUGUCUUGUUAUCUUGUGCUAUUUUUCUAUAGAAUCCUUAUGUUACCACAGUAAUAUGCUAAUCAGUUUUCAUUUUUUAAAUUAUAUAGGCAAAGUUUGUAUGGGUAAAGCUAGUGAAUAAUAAAAUGUGAAUUAAUUAAAUAUUUCAAAAUUUGUUUUGCUAUUCCAGAUUCAAUUAUUGACAAUAGUAUGGACUGCCCGCCAUCUACUUCAACAUGUAAAUCAUUAACAUCGAUUAAAAAUAGAGUGAGUUAAAUGCUUUAACAUUUUUUUUACUAAUUUAGAUAUUCCUAUUGACACUAGUAUGGACUCUCAAUCAUCUACAUUAAGAUAUGAUAGUUCAAAUUCUGCACAAAGAAAACUGACAGACUUUGGACAAGAUGUUACGAACAUAAAGCUAGGUGAUAUUGUUUGGUGUAAAAUAUUUAAUUUUCCAUUUUGGCCUGCUUUGGUUUGUAUUGAUCCAGUUGACAAUACUUAUAUUAAAGGUAAGCUUUAAUACUAAUUUAAUAGUAUGAAAUUAUAUUUUUUAGACAAUAUUAUUAUUAUUACCUCUUUAAAAUAUAUAUCUGCAUACUUUUGUUUGUUUUUUUAAUGUUUGCUAACCGAUUGGUAAUCUUUUUACUUAUUUAGUUUUGUUGGUUUGCUUUUUUUGGUUUUGUUUUUUUAAUGCAUAAAUUAUUAAUGUUUGCUCCUAAGAUUUUUAAUAUUUUCUUAUCGUUAUUAUUACAUACAAAUUAAAUCAAUUUAAAAAUGUUAUUUUGAUAUCAUUCCUGAUGUUGAUGGAGGCUUAGGCUGUAAUUGUAUUGCUCAAAUUUUAAAAUAAUAAUAAUUCCUGUUUCAUUUUUUUUAUUAUUUUAAGAACAAGAUAACAAAUACAAAAUCCAUGUCAGAUUUUUGAACGAUAAUUGCCUAAGGAAUUGGUCAAAAAAUAUAGAACCAUUUAUUAGUGUUGAUGAAUUGAUUUGUAAAUACCCUAAAUGUCUGGUAAGUUUAAUUUUAAUUACCAAUUUGAUUUUAUUCAUAACCUAAAUCCACACUGGUCUUUGCUCACUAAACCAUGGAAGCAUAUUAAAAUAUAAUUUUAUCUGAUUAAUAAUUGUAUGUUUUAUUAAAUAAUCAUUUCAAAUGAAUUAUAUUGUUUGACCAAAUGUAAUCAUAUUAUAAUUUAAUUAUUAAUUUAAAUUUCUUACCUGUGUACAACAGUCCAAACAAAUUUAUACAAAUGUUUGAAAGAUAAUAUUUUGUACUUUAUUAUGACUUGACCUUUCAACAUUCAUGUCAACCAGGGGACUAUUUAAGUAGGUGCACUCAUUAUCUCUGAAAGUAUUAGACUUUUCGGAAUUUUUUAUCUAGAACAUUUGAGUAACAAAACUACUCUUUGCAAUUUUAUAUUUGUUUUUUUUAAUUUUAUUUUUUUGGGGGGGUAAAACCAUUACCCACUUUUGAUUUUCAAAUAGCAACCUAUAUUCAUAGGUCCAUAAAUAGGAAUUCAGAAAAUAAUAUCAUUCAAAUGCAAAUUCUGUUAAAUAGAAAAAGCUGUUUGUUAAAAGGAUGUUGUACUCUCACAUUCUUUCAGAAUAAGGGAUAAAAAUUCACAGAUAUUGUGAAUUUUUAAGAAGUAUAUCCGACUGGGGUGGUACUUUAGGCAGGUAUUUUUUUGAUUUUCUCAGGAAUUUUCCCAAUUAAUGGGAAAAGACUGACGAAAGCUGAUAAAUUAUAUAUUUUAUCAAUUUAACUAUUAAAGUCAUGUCUAAUAUUAACUCUAAUGGAUAUUUUUUAAAAGUUUAUCAAACUAUAUAUAUAUACUCAAUCUCCAAAAACCAUUAUUGCAAUGUGAAAUAAAAAAAAUUACAAUAUAUUCUAUUCCACGAUAUGGUUCCCCAAUAUAUCCAUAUCCCAAAUUAUUUGACAAAUUUUAUGAGCAUAAUAAAUCAACAAAAUGUUAACAGGUCCAAUUGAAGACAAAUAAACGUAAUAAACAUUUGUGGGAUGGAGCAGUGCAAGAAGCUUAUGAUUUGAUAGCACUUACUAUGUAAUAUUUUAGAUUAGUUUGUUAAUAUUCAAACUUGUAUAUUAAACUAUUGAUGAGUAUUUAACAUUUUCAGAGAAGAAAGAAAGGUACAUUUUGCCGAAUUAUAUCAAAUUGAAUAUAUGGCUUUGUUUGAUGACAGUCCAAACCCAUCUGCUGCUGUAAGUUUAAUAAUGUCCAUAGGUAAAUAAAGCAUGAUCAUGUUGUUAAUCAAAUACUUAUUUUUUUGCAGCCGGAAAAUAUUGAAAACCCUGUGUGUGAAACACCUAAAAAAAAAACUUCAAAGGAAAGAAGACUAGAAUUAAACGAUUUAAAAUCCGCCAUAUUCAACACGUUCUUAGAAUGGUGCGGUGCUUCUCAAUCUGUCAUAGACCACGAAAAAAUGAUAGAAGAUAUAAUUAAUCGCUACGGAAUUGUUGAUAAAAAAGACAUGGAAGUUUCAGAUGAAGAGGAAUUCAACGAAAGAUUCAAUAGAUUAAUCCUUAAUCCAACUCACCCUGAGUGUAAACUUUCACUAAAACAUAAACGCCAAAUAGAGUGAGAAAAUAAAAAUUUAUAUCCAUGUGUGCUAUCCUUGUCUUACCAUCACAUAGCAUAAAAAAUUCUGCAACGUGUCUCUGUGCUGUUUUUUUUUUAUAUAUAUAUAUAUAUAUAUAAGAGUAAAUAUUAACAUAUUAUUAAACUUGAAAGUUGGAAAAUAAUUUAUGUAGAUUGAAAAAUUCUCUUAUAUAAAAGGUAAAUUAAAUCACAGAGUUGCGUGCUGAAUGCAAAUUGUCUGUGUCAUUGGUAAGCUACAGAGAACAAUCCUGUUUAAGAGGAUGUUAUACCUCCAUAAAUUUGUUUUAAAAUGAUAUUUUGCAAGGGAAUGAACCACUUUGACUGAAAUACUGUUUAACAAUUAUUUUUUUCAAUAUUACAAACAAAUUAUUGUUUUAAAACACUUUAGUUCUGUGUUUUUCAAAUUUUUCCUGCCCAAAACCGUUUUUAAUAUUAAAAAAAAAAAAAUGGUGGGCUGUAGUCAAGACAGUGAGAUAGUGGGUAUGGCUACUUUGCAUGUAGCAUCCUCCUUAGUAAAAUAUUAACAAUAUCAAUUACAUGAAAUUAUUUGAAAUAUCAUCUCUAUAUUAUUAUAUUAAUUUUUAUUCUUGUUUAUAUUUUAGAUCCCUGGCAAAUAGAGAAGAAGUACAUGUUGUAAGAAGGUUAGUUGGUAGGAAAAUGUAUAAGAAUCAAAAUGAUGCAAAGCGAGAUAUUAAAAAACAAAAAAAAUAAAUUGUAUAAAUAAGUUUUAAUGUAUAUAUUUUAAUUUCAAGCUCGAUUUGAAGCUUUAUGAAAAGCAAUACUGUUUAAUAAAAUAUUAUUUAACUCAAAUUAAUAUAUUCUAUAUUUUACUUAUUAGAUGCAGAUGUAUAUAAAUUUUUUGAUAAGUGCACAUACUUGGUUUUGCCAGGGAGUAUCACAAUUAGCAUAUGUAUUAAUAGGAGUAGUAGUAUUAAUAUUGUUAAUUCUAAAUCUUUUUUUUUUUUUUUUUUACUUAAUUUUGUUGUAUUAAAUACUUAUUGUAUUAUAAAAAUUUGUAAUUUGUUUUUAUAAUCAACUAUUUACAUAAUGAGUUUGCCUUUUUUAAUGAUAAUAAUUUUGUUAAUAUUUAUUUGUUUGAUU